AUGCAGGCCAAUGUCCUGGCUGAGUCCCUCAAGACACAGGAGCUGAAGUCCAACAGCUCAAUGGCACAAGCUAUGAAGGGUAUUACCAAGGCCAAGGGUACCAUGAACAAACGUCUGAAAUUGCCCCAAAUCCAAAAGAUCAUGGUGGAGUGUGAAUGGCAAGCAGAGAUGAUGGAUGUGAAGGAGAUGACAGAGGAUGCCACUGAAGAUGCCAUGGGUGAUGAAGCAGAUGAAGAGGGUAGAUGGAUGCUGUUGUGUCCCAGGUCCUGGAUAAGCUGA